UCUACGGCCCAGAAGGAGGACAUAGAGGAGCGGAUCGUCACCCUGGAGAAGAGGUACUUGGCGGCGCAGCGGGAAGCCACCUCCGUACACGACCUCAACGACAAGCUGGAGAACGAGGUGGCCAACAAGGAGUCCCUGUUCCGACAGACGGAGGAGAGGAACAGACAGCUGCAGGAGCGUUUAGAGCUGGCUGAGCAGAAGCUGCAGCAGACCAUCAGGAAGGCGGAGACUCUGCCCGAGGUGGAGGCGGAGCUAGCACAGAGGGUGGCGGCCCUCACCAAAGCGGAGGAGCGUCAUGGCAACGUGGAGGAGAGGCUGAGGCAGAUGGAGACUCAGCUGGAGGAGAAGAACCAGGAACUCCUCAGGGCACGCCAGCGGGAGAAGAUGAACGAGGAUCACAACAGGCGUCUGUCGGAGACGGUGGACAAGCUGCUGUCAGAGUCCAACGAGAGGUUACAGCUUCACCUCAAGGAGAGGAUGUCUGCCCUGGAGGACAAGAAUGCCCUCAUAAGAGAUCUGGAUCACACUAAGAAGCUGAUUGAGGCGGCACACCAUGAGAAGGAGCAGCUACUGAUCCAGAUUGAGACGAUGCGGGCAGAGAACGAUCAGGGCAGGAGCAACUCACUGCUGCACCAUGGGCGGUCUCACCUAGGCAGCACCCCAGACUUCAGGUACCCGGUGUCGGCCUCCUCCAUGAUGGACAGCCACUCGGACCACUACGGCAGCGCGCUGGUGCUGAGGCGGCCCCAGAAGGGGCGGUUUGCCGCGCUACGGGACGAACCCUCCAAGGUCCAGACACUGAAUGAACAGGAGUGGGAGCGUGUGCAGCAGGCUAAUGUUCUGGCCAACGUUGCUCAGGCGUUUGAGUCUGACCUGGACACGUCCGACCUGGAGGACGAUGAGCGCGAGACCAUCUUCAGCUCAGUGGACCUGCUGUCCCCUGCCGGCCAGGCCGACGCCCAGACCCUGGCCCUCAUGCUGCAGGAGCAGCUGGACGCCAUCAACAACGAGAUCAGGAUGAUUCAGGAGGAGAAGGAGAACACAGCGAUGCUGGCAGAGGAGAUGGAGAGCCGGGUGGGCAGUGGGGACAGCCUGGGGGGCAGUCGCUUCCGCUCCAUGAGCUCCAUCCCCCCCUCCUCCAUGGGGGGCUCUUCGCCCCCCGGCUCAGGCUCCUCCACCCCGCGACGCAUCCCCAACCGCAGCCCCAACCGAGAGGUGGACCGCAUGGGAGUCAUGACCCUGCCUAGUGACCUGCGCAAGCACCGCAGGAAGUCUGCCCAGGACGACAAGGCCACCAUCCAGUGUGAGACGUCUCCCCCCAACUCCCCGCGCUCCAUGCGCCUACACAAGGGGGCCAUCCACACUGCCAGCCAUGAGGACAUCAGAGACAUCCGCAGUAUGGCCACCCCUACAGGACGGCCAGGGUAGUAACCCAGCAGCAGUAAUAGCAGUCAGGACUCUCUGAACAAGGCAGCCAAGAAGAAGAGCAUCAAGUCCUCCAUCGGGCGCCUCUUCGGCAAGAAGGAGAAGGGUCGGCCAGGCCCCCCAGGGAGCAAGGAGUUCCCUGGCAGCCAAGCUGGUACCCCCGAGGCGGAGACCUCUCCCCAGGAUGCACUGGGGCUGGGCAAACUGGGCGGCCCCGCUGAGAAGAACAGGAAACUGCAGAAGAAGCAUGAGUUGCUGGAGGAGGCUCGCAGGCAGAGUCUACCCUUCGCCCAGUGGGACGGCCCUACUGUAGUGGUCUGGUUGGAGCUGUGGGUGGGUAUGCCAGCCUGGUAUGUGGCGGCGUGUCGUGCCAAUGUGAAGAGCGGUGCCAUCAUGUCUGCCCUGUCGGACACAGAGAUCCAGAGGGAGAUUGGCAUCAGUAACCCCCUCCACCGCCUCAAACUGAGACUGGCCAUCCAGGAGAUCAUGUCCCUCACCUCCCCCUCUGCACCCCCCACCUCCAGAACCUCCACGGGGAACGUGUGGGUCACGCACGAAGAGUUGGAGUGCCUUGCAGCCAUGCCCCCCACGGAAGAUGCCGAGGGCAGCUGGGCCCAGACGCUGGCGUACGGAGACAUGAACCAUGAGUGGAUUGGUAAUGAGUGGCUGCCCAGCCUGGGUCUGCCCCAGUACCGCUCCUACUUCAUGGAGUCCCUGGUGGACGCCCGCAUGCUGGACCACCUCACCAAGAAGGACAUGAGGGGACAGCUCAAAAUGGUGGACAGUUUCCACAGGAACAGUUUCCAGUGUGGGGUGAUGUGUCUGAGGAGACUGAACUACGACAGGAAGGAGCUGGAGAGGAGGCGUGACGAGACCCAGCUGGAGCUGCAAGACGUGCUGGUGUGGAGCAACGAGCGGGUGAUCAGCUGGGUGCAGGCCAUGGGGCUGAAGGAGUACAGUAACAACCUGCUGGAGAGCGGCGUGCAUGGCGCCCUGCUGGCCCUGGAUGAAACCUUCGACCACAACGCCCUGGCCCUGCUGCUACAGAUCCCCACCCAGAACACACAGGCCAGAGCAGCUCUGGAGAGAGAGUACAGCAGUCUGCUGGCCAUCGGCACAGAGAGGAGACUGGAUGAGGAUGAUGAUAAGAACUUCCGGCGCACCCCCUCCUGGAGGAAGAAGUUCCGGCCCAAAGCGGGCUCAGCCGACACCCUGCCUGCCAACUUCAGACUGACCAAUAGCAACGCAGCGUCCCCCUCCAUGCAGCCAAAGAGGAGCCCCAUGGACGGGGGUCAGUCUGCAAUACAGAGGCUGGACACUGCCACAGUCAGGACCUACUCCUGCUAACACCACACACGUUUAUCCUCAUUAUUUGUAUAGGUGACUGCUGGUUGGAGGAUGAGGGGUGUGAGUUCCCCUCCACCAGGAGCAGCUGCUGACCCUGCGACGACACUUCAACAGAGUUUUAUUGUUAUUAUAGAUAUAAAAGAACUAGCAACCACAUCACCAAUCUCUAUUUAUGUAAGCAAGCUGGUGGGACAUUUCAUUGAUUUUACAUUUGUUAUGUAUCUCUCUCUUUCUUCACCCCACUCUCCCACCUAAAUCGAAAUAUCCCUCUUUUCUAAACCUUUUCCUACUGUGCCCUUAUCAAGGUUAACUCUCAGAUGUAACUGAAUGUUUUUCGACGGUCUGGAGUGUGUAUAUUUAUAUCAACAGACAUUAUCUAAUCUUUUUUAUAUAUAUUCCUGAUCUUGUAUUGACAAGAUGUACGUUUUGUAUUUCUUUCUCUCCUCAGCUUUUGUUUUUAAUCAUUGAACUGAUGCUCAAGUGACUUUAAUAUGUGACAUUUUAACUGAAUUGUAUCCCUUUCCCUUCUGCCCCAGUCUCUUGUUGUCUUCAAGCAUAUCAAUGGUGAUUAUUUGUAAAUGCAGCUCUUAUAGGACAAUGAGGAUAUGUGAAUAUCAGAAAUAUUGCUGGAGUUCUGACUGACUUUGUUUCACAAACUGCUGUGGUCGCUAAGCACCGGGCGGACCGUAACCACAACAAGGCCCUUGGUAACCUUGGUGACAGGUGACAUGUGAAACAACUCUUUUUUUUGUUCUUUCUGGUGAAACCAAACCUGAAAUACUAAAACAAAAGCCAUAAACAGUAGUGAAGACCAGGGCUACUUUCAGAUGCAUCGCUUGGUAAGAGACCGUUCUGCUGUGUAGGAUCUCCAAUUAUCGGGUCAACCUCGCAUGCUGAAGCUUUCCAUCCCUCUCUCACUCCUUCCCAUCAUCCCGCUCCUUUCCCUGCCUUCUCCUGGAGCACGCAACGGAAGCCCAGACGCGCGUGAAGAUGAACUCGCGUGUACCUGAGCCUUAAAGCGUGGCAGCUCUACUAUCGACGGACCAACUCCACUGUGGCCUAAACUGAUCCCCGCGACUAGCUACUCACCCAAGGCGGAGCGAUCCCACCCACAAACCUUUUAACAAACACUUUGUACUACGGAGACUUCUAAUCAAGCCUUAUGGUUUUUUUUCUUUUCUCCUUUCUCUGUCUUUCUUAUUUAUUCUUCAUCCCUGUCGUGUUUGUUGCUCUCGGUUAGAUUUUUCGAAGUUGCCACUUGAGUGGCAAAAGCUGUUUUUUAUCUUGAGUGUUUCAACACAGGUUCCUGUGUCAAUACUUUUUCAAGGCAAAUGAUGUCACGGAACCGAAGACUUGUCCUUUCCACCCUACAUGUACACUACAUUAGUUAUGUUAUUCCCUUUGUAAUUUAGUCAUUCAUAAUGCACAAUGCAAAUCCUGUUACUGUCCUGUUUUUUUUUAAAUCUCCUGUUCUCCCCAUUUAUAUUUUCCUGAUCUGGUAACAAAAUGAUGUACAGUCUGAGUACUUAUGAACUAUUUUAUCACAGUAUUAUUUAUUGCUUACUUUCAAUAAAAUACUGAAACUUAUUUUCCACUGCCAAUAAAAAGACUAAGUCUUUGUGUUAAAUGCA